UCCCGGGACAGCUACCAGGGACGCGGCAGCUUCGCAGUGCGGUUCAAUUCGCUGUCUGUUGCCAGCAUCCGGAUCGUCCGCCCGCCACGUUGAACUAUCAGCUGUAGGCCAACGAUCUCAAAUCCAAUAAAUUGCGAACAUGCGCGUACUCUUUGAUGAGGAUUGUAGGGACGUCUUCCGUGAGCGUUAUUGUGGGGACCGAAGAAAUAUGGUCGACAGCCUUCAAGGCAGUGGCGCCUAUGCCCGGGGUGCCGCGAAAGCCGAUUUCUUAAUUCACACUCACGGUCGUCCUAGAUUGGCGGCCGUGCGUAGGAUUCCGUCCUCACUGCAGGACCGACAGGUUAUGUAACGGCACGGGAUAAGUCGACAAUCGAGGUGAUACAGCUGGCCCUCAUAGCUUGC